CUCUAAUAUUCAUGAUGACGUUUAACCACCGCGACAGCGGGUUUGAAAACUUAUAGCGUGGAAAUAAAAAUGACCACAGCACUUUUAAAGACCCUCGGUAUAUUAACCAAACCUGUCCGAGAAGCUCAUCCAAGCGAUGGCCAAAACACGCAAACGACACUUUUGUCAGCUCUUCAGAGAAACCUGUCUGAGCUUCAUGAGCACCUGUUAGCGGGUGGAGAGCUGGAAGAAGCCCGUCAACUGCUGGAGGAGGUCAGAAGAGAGAUCACAUGGGUGUGCAGUGAUUCUGUUGACCUAACCUGGAUCUUUGUCCAGGAAUGUCUUCUCUUACUGCUAUCGCUUGCGCGUCACCUCACCCAUCUCCUUGAAGUCUUCCACCAAAAUCCUGUAGUUCCAACACCUGGCACCCCUGAAGCUGCCCCACCACUAUCUCCAGAUGUGCUCAGUGUGGUCCAGCAGAAAACACUGGCCACUGUGCUGCAGUUUGUGGUCACAUUGGGUCUCUGCCCAUAUUUGGCCCCUGGUGUUGGGGUGGCACUGGGUCUGAGGUCGGCUUUCGGGGCCGAAGUGGAGGCAGCGGUGCGUCGUGAUGUGGCCCCUGCAGUGGAACGUCGUUUACUGAUCACUACUAAUGUAUUGCUGGAAGUUUCCAAGCUUUCGUCUCUAGCAACCCCUAUUUUUACACGCCACCUGGGUGAUAUCAUGGCGGCUCUGUGUCAGUUAGCAUAUCGACCUCAUCGACCCGAUGGAGAUGGCACAAAGAACCAUAAGGGACUGACAGUAGACGAGCGCAAAUCCUGCAAAGAAGCACUUCACAAUCUUUUAGGAAAAGUGUACCAGCCAAUCGUCAUUAAGGAACUGCUGGUUCUCCAGGGUGGCCCUAAACAGGCAUCUUCAGUUUCCAAAGGUGUAUGUGCUGGAGGUAAAGCUUUGACCCAGGCGCCCCCAUGGCUGAGGCGUCUAUGUGGACAGCUGCUUUCAGAGAGGUUAAUGCAACCUCAUGGGGUCCAAGCAGUGGUGAGGGCCAUCCUAGAGAGUACUGGAGCAGAUGGAGACUCUGACUGGAGGAAAUGUGAUGCCGUGGCCAAGAUUCUUGCAGCCUGUCCUCAGCAGUCCCUCUCUGCUGAGAGUUACUACAGUCAAGUGUGUCCACAGGUUCUGGAACUUCUGCACUUCAAAGACAAACUGACUGCACAGCAGUUCCAGAGAGUUGCCACCAGGGCGGCGCUCACCAUGGUGGAAGAUCGGCCUGAGUUUGCACAUCGGUUCCUCCUUGGUCCUCUAUUCUCCCCCCUGCAUCGCUGUACAGAAGAAACAGGAAAUGACCCAUCGCAGGAUGCAGUGGAAGAGUGGGAACUGACACGCUGUAUUGAAGAUAUAUACAAAAUCUGUGUGGUGGGUAACAGUCCAUCCAAAGUGCUGAUGAAAGCCCUACAAGAUGUCAGCCCAACCUUAUUCAGCCUCUUUUGCUUCACAAAACACAAUGUGUCUCAUUUACGAACACCUUGUCAGGAGAUCCUUAUAUGGUGGCUAUCUCACUCUGAGCGUUCAGAAGCUCUUUCACUGCUGAAACGUCUGUGUGGCCUGAUGGGAGAAGUUGGGGGAGUUAAAUGCGGCUUUCAGUUCUUACCUGGGAGCGAAGGAGGGGCCAGACUUAGUGUUGGAGAGCAAGUUAGUGAUGAAGACGAUGCGCUGUAUGAGAAGGUCUCCGGCGAGCAGUGGAAAGUGCAGUGUCUGGUGGAACUGUUGGGAGAGAUGAAGGACAAUGAUCUGCCUGGAGAGUUUUUCUUAUUACUGUUAGAGAAUUUAACAGCUAUGGCUGGUGAGAAGGAGAAAGAACAGGAAGUAGACACCUCAUCCAUGACCCUGCUGGAGCUGGAGCAUCACCUGCUGGAGCAUGCGAGUGGUCACGGACAGACACUGGCUCUACUGCAGACACUGGCCAUAGUGUGUGAAGGUCUUCCACAUACACUACUGCUUCGCAAACCCACUCAGGUUGUUGGGUUUGUAGUGUCCAUGCUACAGAGGGCAUGUGUUGGUCUGGAGUGCGGUGCUGACAGUCCAGUAGAGAGUCAGACUCUCAGUAUGGGAAUAGGUCUUGUGGCCACUCUACUCUCUGGAGCUGCUGAGCUGAGUCCAGAUGAUUACUUGUCCAUGGCUGAAUUGCUGCCUCCUCUGGACCAGAUUUCCCAGCAGCACCCAGAGCCGGUCAUACAAGAACUGGCCUCUGAUCUGAGAGCCACCAUCGCCACACAUGGGGCGUACCGCCCCAAUACCAUUCCCACAGCAGCCAGACAACACAGACCUGCUCAGACAGCUAGUCGCAAUCCAAACACCCAUCCAACCAAACCAUUAUCCUCCAUACCCCACACUAAAAGUCACAAGACAUUGGCAGGGCAGCAAACCUCCACUCAUUCACUCAGCUCUGAAAACAGACCUAGCCCUUUGGUGAGCCAGGUUCCCACAUCACCGACGUCCCAUCCCAAACAUGCAACAGAAACAGCACCCAGAGUCUCAACCCACAGUGCUGAACCAAAGCCUGGACAUGCAGGUGGAUCUGUCUCACCCAGUCAAGCUUUUUCAGAGUGCCUGUUGGAGGCCUAUAACCCAGAUGUGCCCACCAGAGCUGUCGCACUGCGCUCACUGACCCGCUUUUGUAGAGAUGGAGAUAAAGCAGCACUGCAGAACAAAGACAAACUGCUUACAAUCUUUCUGGAGAACUUAGAACACGAAGAGUCUUUUGUCUAUCUGUCUGCUAUUCAAGGGUUGGCAGUGUUGGCUGAGUUUUACCCUGAGCAGAUCCUGCAGAGAUUGCUGGCAGAGUAUCAUACCGGGCCGAGUGAAGGUUCCCCGAAAAGACAGUGCUCUCUAGAGACACGCCUCAAAGUGGGCGAGGUUUUAAUGAGAGCCAGCAGGGCAAUGGGUGACUUGGCACCACACUAUGGCCGGCAACUUGUUGGGGUUUUCCUGAAUGGCACGCGGGAUGAGGACAGCAGUGUGCGUGCCAGCAGCCUCUCCAAUCUGGGAGAACUGUGCCAACUACUCAACUUCUCCCUUGGACCGCUGGCACAAGAGCUGAGCAUUUGUCUCACCGCCCUGAUAAAGACGGACAGAGAGGCAGAAGUUCGAAGGGCUGCAGUCCAUGUCAUUGCUCUGGUGCUUAAAGGCCUCAGUGAUAAAACCACACAGGUACUUGGGGAUGUUUUACUGGAGUUGUAUCGGGCUUUGAAGUGGGUGGUCCGGUCAGACCCUGAUGAUGUGGCCGUACUCCACGCCCAGCUCGCUCUGGAGGAGCUGGAUGACGUCAUGAAGAGGUUCAUCUUCCCUCAACAGAAACUUGAGAAAAAGAUUGUGGUUCUUCCUUGAAAGCACUCCAGUACUUACAUAAUCCUCCUUGCAGACAGAAGACUGAAUAAUUUAUACCUUGUAGUAAAUGAACCUUUUUAGGGGUUUUACCAUGUUUCCAUAAUAAAAGAUAGAAACCUGUCUGGGAAAUUGAAAAA